CUCAAGGCCUCAUGCACAUCACCAUGCGCCACCCUUCCUAUCGAUAGACUACAUUGGAUACACAACCAGAGUUACCAGACUCUGGUCGUGCUUUUCCUUUGGGCACGGUUAAAUCUUUCAGUAUGACCGACCAGCAUCGUCGCCGUUCUCUCCGUUCGACGGCGCAACGCCAUCAACAUCCAUACCGUGACACCAGACCGCUUCGCGUGGCCCGUGAAAAAUCAAAUUUUGGAACGGACACUGGAGUUGAAGGUCCUCUGGCAGUAGAUCAGCGAAGGUUUACUGGAACUCUCGAACCAUCUACACUCACCACUCCCGAUGUCGCUCCUUCGAUCACUCCAAUCUCCAUCCCAGACUUAACUAGUCUUAUCAAACGACGCAGCCAAUACCCAAUUUCCGGCGGCGCAUAUGGAGACGUUUACCAUUGUACAUACCACGGACCAGAGGGCGAUGAAGAGGUUGCCGUCAAAGCAAUUCGACCACAAUAUUUUAACACCGAGAUGUUUCGGAGAGAGCUUGGAAUUUGGAAGAGGUUACGGCAUUCUAAUAUUUUGAAAUUCAUGGGCACAACUUCGGACUUUGGUCCCUCAAAAGCUUUGGUUGCUCCGUGGAUGAAAAAUGGCACUUUGACAUCGUUUCUCCGCGAGAACGAGUCCCUGAGGCUGCAUGAUCGUCUGCUUUUGCUUCGUGACGUUGCUGCUGGCCUCAAUUAUCUUCAUACGUUUAGUUUGACAGAAGACGGACAUACGGACUUGAACCCCAUCGUUCAUGGAGAUCUCACUGGUACCAAUGUCCUGAUCGAUGGUGAUAGAAAGGCGUAUCUUGCAGAUUUUGGCCUUUCCGGAACUUUUGAAAAGUUAGCCGGCAUGACGUAUCUCGCGAAAAGGAGCUGUCAUCCAGGAGCAAUGAGAUGGACAGCUCCUGAGCUUCUCUCUGGAGAAGAAUCAGCUUCAGCAGCUACCACUCGAAGUGAUAUGUACUCCUUUGGUAGUAUCAUGCUUCAAGUUUUAACGGGAGAUAUUCCUUGGUGUCACUUGACCAAAGACAACGCAGUCGUGGCUGCAAGUCGCUUAAUGGGAAAUGCAUCCUCACCCAUUGAUCGUCCUCCUGCCGAGGAAGCAGUUCAAUUUGUGAAUAGCAUUUUGUGCACGAGUCCGCAGACCUCGACCUCGUCGAUCUCCAGCGAUGAGCGACACCCGGUUAUAGCCCGUGAUGAUUAUCUUCGGGGGGAUACUGAUGCUCGACUUCCGGUGAUGCAGGACAUUGAUUCACCAUUGGACGAUCAAGAAAAUUAUUCCACUAUUUAUGGCUUAGAACCAUCAUGGAUGUCAUACGUUUUCCAAGACAUACCCCCUGAAUAUCUCUUGCCCCAACACAUUAACAACAUCCAACACGACUGGUCUGAGGCGAAUUUUGGUGUUGGGCCUCAUUUCAAUGACCAGGAACCUUCUGAAAUAUCACUUUCGGUGGACUAUACUUCCCUAAGCACGAUUGCGAUAGACCAUACUUCCAGAAACACGAUAUGGUCCAAUAUCUUCGGGAAUACUGAUGCUCGACUUCCGGUGAUGCAGGACAUUGAUUCACCAUUGGACACUCGAGAAAACUAUCCUGGGGUUAUGCUGCCUGCGUAUCCUUCCACUACUUAUAGCUUAGAACAAUCAUGGACGCAAUCAAACCUGCCUCGACCAUACACCAGUGGCUUUUCUCCAACGUACCACGCACGCUUCGCGGACGAAGACAAGAAUAACGUUACCAUACCCUCUGGAUAUCGCUUGCCCCAACACAUUAACAACGUCCAAUACAACUGGUUUAACCUGAACAUGCAACAAAACGCAUCAUUGCAGCACUAUAUGCAGCAUGUUCUCCGUAUCCAAUAUUUGCAUGUCGACGGGUCGAUUGAUAAACUCAUUUGGAAUCUCAUACAUUCCAGUGAUUCAGCCCGAGAGGCUGCAUGUUUGCUUGCGGAUUUGCACCGCAAGAGCACCCAAGGUGCGAUUGGCGCUAUUGCACCAGCGUUUCGGAACUCGUCAGACGCGGGCAAAAUAUCGAAACUAUCCUGA